AUGGGAAGGUCGGUGAAUUCCAAGGCAGUUGCAAAUUUGCCAGCAUUUGGAGAAAGCUUGCGAACGGAGUUUGUAAAGCGAAUUAAACAGUCACAUGGAUCAACUCAUAUUAGGUUUAACGUUAAAAAGGUGGCGACUGAAGGUAACAGUGCAGUUUUGGUACCCCUCUUAAACAUUCGGUCAGAACCCUGGGUUUUGUUCACUCAAAGAUCAUUAUCUCUGACUGGUCAUCGAGGUCAAAUUUGCUUUCCAGGAGGUCGUCUUGCUGCGGGUGAAACUCCACAAGCGGCAGCUUUACGAGAAAGCGCAGAAGAAAUUGGACUUGACUCUAAAAAUGUUGAAAUUUGGGGUCAUUUAAGAGCAAUGUAUACGAGAAACUUAGUAAAUAUUGUAACUCCAGUCGUUGGCCUGCUACAUGACGUAAACUUAAAUGCGUUAACAGUACAAAGCGAGGAAGUGAGAAGUGUAUUUGCUGUAUCUGUCGAGGAACUAUGCUCUUGCCAUCAGUAUACGCGUUUUAGAAGGCCAGAUGGAGUUGGUUAUAUUUUACCUGUAUUUGAUACGAGACAUUUUAAAAUGAUUUCUUCAAAUGACCCGCCUUCUUCUGGAUACCGUAUCUGGGGCAUCACUGCUGGUAUACUACAUUUAUUGCUUCUGAACUUGUUUCCGUCGGCGUAUGUGUCCAAUAUUAAGCUGAUUCAUCCGCCAGCCUAG